AUGCCGCUCGGCUUCGAGCGCCUGAACGAGCGCACCAGUCGCCCCAACGCCCUCAUAAACUUCAUCAAGCCUCUUCCGGGCCGAACGCAAGAUGUCGCACAACACAUCCUGAACCUCGUUGCAGCUCGCUGCUUUCCUAUCAUGAAAGCCAACAAUAUUGCCGUCAUGUCAUUGGAGGAAUAUUCACCGAAUCCGGAGUUUGUCGGGCGGAAUUUCAACGCCGGCGAGGUGAUACAACUGGUGCUCAAGAACAGGGACGGACGCUGGCUGUCAAUCAAACAGGUGGAGAUGGUCAUGAUGCACGAACUUGCCCAUUGCAAGGAAAUGAACCAUUCGCGGUUCUUCUGGCGAGUCCGCGACGAUUACGCAGCUGACCUGUGCAAGCUUUGGGCAAAAGGAUACAAGGGCGAGGGACUUUGGGGCCGUGGCAGAGAGUUGGAGGGCGGUCACGUUGUGAAUGAAGAUCAGGCGGUUGACAUUGGUGACGUUGAACACCUAUGCGGUGGCACAUACAGGAAACGGGGACACAAGAGAAAGAGAACCAAGGGCGCCGAAGAUAAGAAGCAAGAAAGCUGGGCGGAGAAGAACCAGCGGCGGAUCUUGCGCAAGUUUGGUGCUGGCGGCACGGCAUUGGGAGCGGACGAAGAUGCGAAGACGCAGCUUGAGGGCGGGAAAAAGGCAAAAGGCAAACCGCGCGUUGCGAAUAGCGCGAGAGGACGAGAAUUGAGGGCUGCAGCCGCUCUCGCACGUUUCGACACCAAGCAACCGGAAGACGAAGAAGAAUCGGAGUCUGGGUCUGACUACGAGGACGACGGUGUUGACGGCCCCAUUGCUAAAGACGUUGAUGGCCAGGAGCUCAGAGAUGGCAACGGCAACAACUUAGUCAGGAUCGAAGACGAAGAAGGCUCGCAAACUACCCCCGCCCGAAACGAGCUGCGCGAGCUGCGGCAGCAGAAGAUCACCAAUUUCAUACGCCGCCAGUCUUCGAGCCCGCCGAAUGAUGCACCUUCCUCUGCCAACAGGACCGCUUCCAGCUCUGCGCCUCUCCGACGUAAAGCCAGCAGCACCACGGCAGGCAGCGCCAAGAGCACGACGUCCUCCAAGCGCACAAAAACGGCCCCCUCGUCAGCAGUAGUAGCAGCAGAGCUCACCUGCGCCGCCUGCUCGCUCCGCAACGAUGCCAACGCGCUGACCUGCAUCGCCUGCGCCAACGUUCUGAAGCCAACGCAUUUGAAAGGUCACGAAUGGCGUUGUCAGAGCCUCGCGUGCCAGGGUGGCGUUUAUGUCAACGCUGCUUCUUGCGGGGUAUGCGGGGUUUGCGGCGCCAAGAGGCCUAAGCGGUAA